ACACCAUUCUUAUCAUCAACAACCAACACCAUCACCAUGAACACCUCCUCGUUCACUAAACCAAACAUCACCGAGGAUCAAUGGAUCCUAAACAUGCGUAAAUCCAUCGUCGAACACGACGAUGAAGAGAUCAACAAAGUCCCCGUUUCUAUAUUCUCCGUCCCUAACGUACUCCUCGCUACUAAUCCCGAAUCAUACAUUCCACAACAAGUCGCGUUAGGCCCGUUCCACCACUGGCGACCCGAAGUAUACGACAUGCAAAGGUACAAACUCGCGGCUGCAAGAAGAACUCAAAAAUACAUGAACGUAAGCUUCGAACGUAUCGUUGAGGUUAUGAAGAAAAAGGACGAGGCUCGGAUUCGCGCAUGUUACCAUAAGUUUAUUGACAUGUCUGGUGACGCGCUCAUCUGGAUGAUGGCGGUUGACAUGGCGUUUUUACUCGAGUUUCUUGUGGUGUAUUCCAUGAAAGAACAAGGUAGAACAACAGCUAACGAAUUAGUAACAUCUGCUAUGUCUCAUCUAGUGGAUGUUACUGGGAAGAAACUAUCCCACAUGGUGAUUCUUCGUGACUUGGUGAUGCUUGAAAAUCAGAUACCUCUCUUCUUACUCAAAACGAUGCUGGAGCAUCAGAACAAAGAGGUCGAGAAUCACUCGGCCGGAGAGACGCUGAAGACAAUGCUCACAGGGUUGUACCGCGAGCUCUCUCCGUUUCAAGAACAAGAGCUCGCUGAUGUUAAUAUCAACGACUGCGAUCAUAUUCUCGACUUUUUCUACCACAUGACCGUGCCAAACCUUAAAGAAAACCAUAAUCAUGACUCUAGAAUUGAGAUCGAGCGUGAAGGUGGUCACGAAAAGGAGUCUGGUCAUCCCAGCAGCAAACUUCAACGGUGUAUGAACUCUGUCGGGACAAUGUUAUCGAAAACAAUCGCGGGUAUAGUAUGGAUCAUCAGGAAGGUAAUAUUCGGGAAACCGGUCAGGGUCAUGGUGAAAAUUCCGUGGAAGAUCAUAUCUAAACUUCCAAUAAUCAAACUCUUGAAAGGGCCAAUAGAGGAGAUGCUUGAAAACUUACGCGGUGAAGGAGCGGAGGAAACAAAGGACGAAAACGGGGAGGAGAAGACCCCGACGAUAGAAGAAAUCACGAUCCCGUCGGUUAUGGAAAUGGCGAAUGCGGGGAUUCUUUUCUCACCGGUUAAUGGUGGAAUAUCCGACAUUAAGUUUGUUGUCGAAACGUCUACGCUUUACCUCCCGGUGGUCAAGUUGGAUGUGAACACCGAGGUUUAUUUGAGAAACUUGGUGGCGUAUGAAGCGUGCGUUGCGGCAGGACCAUUAGUGAUGGCGCGUUACACUGAGUUGAUGAACGGGAUUAUUGAUACCGAAGAAGACGCAAAGUAUUUGCGCGAAAGAGGCAUAGUUUUGAAUCAGUUGAAGAGUGAUAAAGAGGUUGCGGACUUAUGGAAUGGAAUGAGUAAAUGUGUGAAAUUGACUAAAGUGGUACACAUGGAUAAAGUGAUUGAAGAUGUGAACAAGAGGUAUAAUAAAACAUGGAGGGUGAAACUCUCCAAGUUCAUGAAGACAUAUGUCUUUGCAUCAUGGAAGAUUUUAACGUUGUUGGCUGCUAUGUUUAUGUUGUUCUUGACGACGGUACAAGCUUUAUGCUCCGUGUAUAGCUGCGCUCGGGUGUUCCAUCAGCUCCCGGAAAUUCCUGGAUCUACCGGGGGCGCCGAGUGAGUUUAUAGUACUACUAAACAAAUUAGUAUCAUCAGCGGUCCAUUGGUAAUUGACCGUCGGUGAUACUGGUUUAUUUAUUUAUUUAUUUAUAAAUGUACUUUUAUGUGUGAUGUGUGUAUCCAGAAAGUAUACAACUUUAUGAGGGUUUUACUUUUAGUAUGUUUGGUUUAUAGUUUAGUGUUGUUAUCCAUUAUAAUGGUUCCUUUUCGAACUUCAAUAAUUUCAUGUCGGAAACUCCUUUAUGCUCUUCAAGAUA